AUGGAAUACGAGGUGAUCACUAACUUUGCUCAGUAUCAGAAGGCUAGAUCAGCCGUAGAGUCGGUCAUCAGUAAGGAGUCCACUCGUCGUUCUUUAUUACAAAAUGCCCUUCUUUUGAAAACGGUACUAUCUCAACAGCUCUAUAUUGAAAACUCUAAUCACAAGGAAUCAAAGGACCAUUCAAGUGUGAAGCAAGAUCUAACCAAGGCUCAACAUGAGAAAAAGUUACUUGAGAAUAAAAUAUCAAUGUUGAAUACUGAAAUUGAUACUUGGAAGAAAAAAUCUGCAAAUCAAACAUCCCUUCAAAAGGAAACAUUAUCAUUGAAAAACCAAAUAACAAAACUAAACAGUCAACUAAAUGAAUCUAGAAACGAGAUUGGUAAAGUAAAACAACAAUUUGUCACCCAAAAAGCUGUGUUGGAAUCAAAGUUAGAAAAUGCAAAGAAAAACAUUAAAAACUUGAAAGAUAAAAACACAUUAUCACCAUCGAAAGCCCUUCAGCCUCCUUCAUCAAUACUAUCUCCUGUUAAAUCACAAUCGAAAACAUUAAAUAACCAUCAAAAGUUAGGUUUGAAAAGACCUUUGGUUUCAAAUUUUUCAACAUCACCUUUCUUAAACAAAAAUCUUCACAAGGCUACAUCACCUUCAAAAGAUGGUAAGCAACAAAACAAUUUUCAAUCACCAGUUCCAUUAAAUAGUCAAAAUUUAUUGGCAACAUCAACUCCAGGUGCUCCAAAUGCAGUAUCACCACUGAAGGAUUUAAAGAGUAGAAAGCCAAGUGGUUUGAAGAACUUGAUAUCACCAGCUAAACCACCGUCUAAUGGUGCUACAAAGCCAAAUUCCAAAAAGAAGCCCUCAUUAUUUGAUGAUGAUGACGAUGAUGAUGAGGAUAUAUUUGGAAAUUCAAUUAGAAAAUUAGAUGCAACAAAGAAUACCCCAAGACAAGAACCACCUUCUGAGGAAUCAAAACAAGACAAUGAGGAACAGGACACCAAAAAGAAACAACCAGCUAAACGAAGAAGAAAAAUUGGUGGUAAAGCCAUCGUCGAAGAUGUCGAUAAUGAAGAAGAACCAAAAUUCAGUCCAUUAAAGAAAGUUAAACUGUUGGAUAAACUGGGUGGUAUAAGUCCACUGAAACAGAGAAACCAGGAGAGAAACCUGUUUAAGGUCUAA